UUUUUUCUGUGUAUCUGUAUGAAUAACACUUUCCUGUCAUCAAUUUAAAUUCGAAUUUCAUUUUCGAGUCCUUUUUCAUUUUCUCCGCUUUUUCAUAAAGCUAAGUGUCUCUCUGUAGCCACGGGCCGGGAGUAGCCAGAGCAGAUUUUGUCAGUUGCUUUCAUUGCACACACUGUGACCGGAACCUGUGACACGCGCGCGUCCGUUCCACAUCGGGCACAACAAACCAAAGAAGCAGAGAACCGACGUUGACUGCUGUUCGAGCAGAAGAAGACCGUUCGCAACAACAUCUCCCGCUUCACAGACCACAGUGGGCGCAGUAGCAAUCUCAAUCUUGUAUCAACUCUUUCUACCAUGCCGCGCGCUUCGAAAAUAGCAGGGGGCGCGUCGCAAAAGAUGGACGCCGAUCUUGCCGCGGGGGAACAGAGCGCGUCACUGAAUCCCGCUAAUGCGAGCUCAACGUCCGCACCGCGGGGGCGGGCUUCGCAAAUGGGCGGAGGCCUUACAACGGCGUCGCAAAAAACCGCAGCUGAGGGAGAUACGACAGAACAGAACGCCGUCGACCUGAAUCCGAAUGCGGCCGACGACCAGCAGCAGCCCGCCUCGUCUGCAAAAAUCACGGGGUCCGCGGGCAGCAAUGCAGCAACGUCAGCAAAAAUUACGGGGUCCGCGGGCAGCAAUGCUGCAGCGUCGGCAAAAGUUGCCGGGUCCACGGGUAGCAAUGCCGCAGCGUCGACAAAAAUGGGGUCGGGUAGUACCAAUGAGCAGAGUCCGCUGGUGGUCAAUGCAGGAGGGGGGGGCGCUUACGGUUACGGCUACGCGACUACCCAGCAGAACGGGCAGCCAUUUGAUGCUACCAACGCAGCUGCCGGAGGGGACGGCACCUCACAGAUGGGGAGCAGCUUGAAGGACUAUUGGGAGCGGUACAUGGUCCUUUGGAUCGUAAUCAUCUGCAUCUUGGCUUAUCAACUGAGAAAAUAACGCGCUGUUCUUGCCGGGAGACUUGUUGGAGUUCAUCAUAAGAGUAAGUACCCGUGUAUAGUCGUAUAUCUUUGUCUUGUAUGUAGAACUGCUCGUCUGGGUGACGUCGCCGACGAGACCCGUGUCGAAGGUCGAUACAACUAAUCUCGAAGACGAUAUGACCACGAGGUCACCAGUUUUUGUCAUCACAAUGUCCUCCUGUGGCCCUGGCGUUAUUUUCCGUUUCCAUAGUGCUGCCGGCAUCAUCCUGAGCAUUGUGAUCUGCAUUGUUACAUGCGGCCGUGGGGCAAACACAUCCGGGCCAGCAGGCCAGGAACAGGGCGGCGAGGGCAAUGGACCACAGCAGCAGACUGCGCAACCCGCCGCUUUUUUGAUGCUGGCUCCUUUUUGAUCAUGCAAGAAACGACAAGGAGCGCUUGAAAUUCAUGAAAGAGCUUUGACAGUUGUGAACUGGGAAUCAAUCAUUCAGCGCAACACUUUUAAUAUCGGGACGAUCGAAUGUCUCGCUCCGAUUUCCAACGUCCACGAAGACACGAUGGAAAAGCGAUACUAGAUCGUCCCGCAUUGGCAGUCCGAAGGGAAGGGAGGCUCUCACAGGACGAGACUACCAAUAAAUAUUAUCACGACGUGUAUGAUUUUCUGUAUCUUGUAAUCUAACUCGAAUUUCUUGAUGCUCACUGAUAUUUUAAGGAAUGACUUUUGCAACGCCAUUCGCAUUUAUUUUGAUUUAUCAUUCUGACAUCGUGUGCACGACUCCAUCAAAGUAGGUUUAUUAAAGAGCUAGAUUUUUUGUUCCAGAGGUCUUCCAAUACUGAUGAUAGCCAUCAUUGGAAAUUUUCGCUUCCAGUGUCGGUGUAGUGUUUUCGAGGAGAAGAACUAAGCCGAAGUUUUUACUUAAGUUUAUUUACCCACCUUUCAUUCAAGUCCCGUUUCCUAUAUUUAUUUUCCCGGUUAUUUACGAUUUGCCAAGCUACUUUUGAAAGCAAAAUAUCGCAGGAGCUCUCAUACAUCAUCCAUGCACUUUUUAUGUUUAUUGUGCUAGAGAAAAUAGAAUAAAAAUGCUAAUGCACGAGCAUUACAAAAAGAGGCGUACAACGUACAUCCCCACGAAUUCGUGCCCAUAGCAGCAAAAAUUUUCUCUUGAAUUUCAAGCAUAAAAGUCCAUCAGUAAAAUUGCAACAUCAACCUUUUUCUGCUUAGCGCUCGAUACCAUGAUAGAUUGAUUUCGGUAAAACAUUCAACCACACAAAGAUUGUUCCGAUUUGAUUGACAUCACCGGAAUCAAU